CAGGCAAGGCUGCGUUGGCUGGGUCAUGUAGCCCGCAUGCCCAGCCACCGCAUGCCUAAACAGCUUUUGUUCGGCCGGAUCGAGGGGGCUAGACGGGCGCGGCACGGGCUGGAGAAGAGAUGGAGUGAUGUGGUACAGGAGGACGUGGAGCUGAGUGGACUUGCCGAUGACUGGUACCAGCGGUGUCAAGAUCGGCCUCAGUGGAGGAGGCUCGUGAAGGACGCUACUGGGCAGUUGGAGGCAGUCGCCCUCCAACAACAACGGAGGGCGGAGGAGCGACGCUCACAACAACGAGCGGAGCGCCGGGUGGCUAAAGCACAGCAAGUUGGCACAGUAGGGGGCACAGGUGGUGCAUCAGCCAGUCAUCUCGGUCAUCUCGGUCAGUCGACCAGUGGCACCUGGGUCUGCCCCGUGACCUCCUGCCAGCGGGCUUUCGACACUUCACGUGGCCUCAAGCACUGGGAAGGCGAGUUUAUUAUCAUCAGCAGCAGCAUGAAGUUCACGAUCACCAUUGUUCGACAUGGCGAGACCACGUACAACAGGAAGCGUCUCAUCCAAGGCCAGGGCAUCAACAUGCCCCUGUCGGACGUGGGCUUCGAGCAAGCGGCAGCUGUCGGCGCUGCCCUGCAGCACGUUCCCUUCACCUGCGUCUACAGCAGUGACCAGCUGCGGGCGCAGCAGACGGCAGAGGAGAUCCUGAAGCGGAACCAUCACUGCCGGGACCACCCACUGCAGCGUGAGGAGCGCCUGCGCGAGAGGUCCUUCGGAGCGUCGGAGGGCUGCAGCGUGGAUCAGCUCAGAGCCCUGGCCAAGGAAGCCGGGCAGCGGUGUCCCCACUUCACGCCGCCUGGGGGAGAGACCCUGGAGCAGCUCAAGACGCGUCUGGUGGAUUUCUUCCUCGAGCUCUGCUCGCUGAUGGCCUCCCGGCGCGCGGAGACGUGCAACGGCAUCAAGCCCUCGGAUUGCCGGGCAGAAAGCGACCCCGGCGCCGCGGUGGAUCCGGCGGUGGACGUCCUGGUAGUCACCCACGGCGGACUCAUCCGCGAGUGGGUUCGCUACCUCACCGAGGACCUGGGCUGCCCCGUGCCCGCCGAGUGGCGGCAGCGGCUGCUGGUCGUGUCGCCCAACACGGGGGUGUCGCGCUUCCUCGUCUCGCUGCCCGACGGCGCCGGUGCCGACGGCGGCGACGGUGCCGGCUCGCUCCUCCCCACCGCCGUGCAGUGCCUGCAGCUGCACAGCAGUUCCCACCUCUCCCCGGCGAAGGUGCAGCCGCCACCGGCGAUGUAGAAAAAAAAAAGGAUCGAGUUCAACUGCCGGUCAAGCCCGCUUCACACGCUCGCACCACCACCCACCCCCCUCCCCCCGCCCGCAACCUGAGCACUAGCGUAUAAAGGUCACGAU